AUGGCCAAUAAUAAUGACGAUGAGCAGGGCUGUACAAUUGAAGGAAGUCUUGCUUCACGUCCUCCCACCGGCCGCCCUUAUAAACGGGUGUCGUCUCUCAGGGGCACCAGCAAGAUGGGCCGACUGUGGACCCCACUCUCCCUUUUGCUCCUCUUGCUUGGGAAGGCUGCCUGCCUGAAGACCCAGGACCACCCUAGCUGCCCAGAACCCAGGGAACUGGAAACCAGCAAAGUUGUCCUCCUGCCCAGCUGUCCUGGAGCCCCAGGAAGUCCUGGGGAGAAGGGACCUCCAGGUCCUCAAGGGCAACCUGGACCACCAGGCGAGAUGGGCCCCAAGGGUGAGCCUGGACAUCCGGCGACCCUACUCCGGUGCCAGGAGGGCCCCAGGAGCUGCCAGGAGCUGCUGACCCAGGGUGCCACCUUGAGUGGUUGGUACCAUUUGUGCCUACCUGAGGGCAGAGCCCUCCCUGUCUUUUGUGACAUGGACACGGAAGGGGGUGGCUGGCUGGUGUUCCAGAGGUGACAGGACAGUUCUGUAGAUUUCUUCCGCUCUUGGUCCUCCUACAAAGCAGGUUUUGGGAGCCAGGAUUCCGAAUUCUGGCUGGGGAAUGAGAAUUUGCACCAACUUACUCUCCAGGGUAUCUGGGAGCUGCGGGUGGAGCUGGAGGACUUUCAUGGCAACCGCACCUUUGCCCACUAUGCGUCCUUCCGCCUCCUUGGGGAGGCAGAUCACUACCAGCUGGUGCUGGGCAAGUUCUUAAAGGGCACUGCAGGGGACUCCCUGAGCUUCCACAGCGGUAAGUCCUUUACCACCCACGACGCUGACCAUGAUUCAAGUGGAAGCAACUGCGCAGUGACUGUCCACGGUGCCUGGUGGUAUGCAUCCUGCUAUCGAUCCAAUCUCAACGGGCGCUACGCGGCAUCCCGGGCCACCGCCCACAAGUAUGGCAUAGACUGGGCCUCAGGUCUCGGCGUUGGCCACCCUUACCGCAGGGUUCGCAUGAUGCUUCGCUAG